AUGGAUUCCAAAGCUGCCUAUAACUCACUGGUGAAAGGCAUUGAUUCAUUCAACUUCACCGAAGAUUGUCAGCCCUGUGAGCUUCUGAUCACUGGAGACAAAGCUUUCCCAGUUGUGGUGAGUGAUAAUGGCCAAGUGCUGAUUGCAGCAUCCCAGUAUGGAAAAGGGCGGCUGGUCGUCAUCUCUCAUGAGGGAUACCUAGGGAAUCCCAGGUUUUCCCAGUUCCUUCAAAAUGCUGUGAAUUGGCUCAGAUCCUCCCCAGGAGUGCUGAUUGGUGUCCAUAACAGUUUGGAUCCCCUCUCUGAGCUGCUGCUCCAGGCUGGCACCAAAGUACAGGCUGGAGUGGAGCUCAGUGACUCCUUCGGGGUGUACUGUACAGAUGCCUAUGACUACACCCAGGCAGAGGCUCUAGUCCCGUUUGUGAAGAGAGGUGGGGGCCUGCUCAUCGGAGGCCAGGCCUGGCACUGGGCUUCUCAACACGGUGUGGACAAGGUGCUCUUCAAAUUCCCUGGGAACCGGGUGACCAGUGUGGCUGGCGUGUACUUCACAGGCAAUAUGGGAGAACUUGGGACUUUCUCAGUGUUGAAAGAAAUGCCAAAGACUCCUCUGAUCACCCAACAUGGAUUAAAUGUUAAAAAAGACUUGGAGGAUCUUCUGAAUGGAGUGGUUGAAUUUGACAUCAGAAACAGCAGUGUCCCCUCGCCUCUCCUGGUGCAUGGGUCUUUAGCAUUUCCUAUUGGAUUCGAUAGUUAUUCCCACCAGUCAUUACUUGCAGCUGCUCACUAUGGCUGGGGUCACGUUGUGGUAAUCCCUCACGAAAGCUAUAUGAAGCUCCCAGAAAUGAGGACUUUUAUCCUGAAUGCCAUUUAUUGGCUAGAUGCAGGAAAGGGGGGCCUAGUUGGCGUUGGAGAUGAACUUCAGGACCUUUUUGCUGCACUAAAUCAGAAGACAAUCCCAUGCAAGCUAACAGACCUUACAGACAACUUGAGCGUGUACUGCUGCACAGCCUACAGUGCUAGAGAGGCGGAGAAGAUCCAUGAGUUUGUUGCAGAAGGUGGUGGCCUGCUGAUUGGGGGACAGGCCUGGGUCUGGGCUAGCAGGAACUCUGAUCAAGUUACUAUGUUUGGGUAUCCUGGCAACAAAAUCCUGCACAAGUUUGGGCUUGGGAUCCUGGGGAAAUAUGUCAUGGCAUCAAAAUACUCAGCUGUCCAACCUGACAACAUUUCCUCAUAUUACCACUUCCGCCAGGCACUCUUCUGGUUUCAGCAACACCUUCAGAAAAAACAGGCUCUAAUACCACCAUAUUCUUCAUGGCUGAAGGAACUACUGCAAGAUUCAACAGCAUUUCUGAAGAUCUCAGCUCAGGAUAAUCCGUCUGUCUCCUCCAUUCACAAGUUGCUGGCCGAGCUAAUCACUGCUACGAGCCUUCCUGAUGUCAGCAAAGAAAACCCCAUCAAAACCAACUCCGUGGAAGCAGUUUUAAUAAGCUUAGCUACAGUGCUCUACAACGCCCUCCCUGAAUUCCAAUUGCUAGUGCAUGUUCCAAGUCAAAAUCUUCCAGCAAUGCCUGUGUCCCCUCCUGUAACUAUUCAGCUUAAUGGAAGCAAUGAAGGUCCAGAAGCAUGGAGAAGUACUGGCUUUUAUAUCCCACCAGGAGAAACAGCCACUCUGGUAUUUCCUGCUUUUGCCAUCACAGCCAACCUGAAGGUGCAAAUUGGCUGUCACUCUGAUAACCUAAGCAACACCAAUGAGCUAAAGCGUCCUCCGGUGGUGAUAAUGAAAUUUAAAGUUGAGACAGAAAGAAUGAAAGUCUCGACUCUGUGGGGUGGCCUCAUAUAUGUCUUAGUGCCAAGGAAGUGCACACUUGGUCAGAUAUCUGUCACAAUAGAAGGUGCUGUGCAGGCUCCUUUCUUCAAGCUCGGGGAAACCAGCACCUCUGACUGGCAGGAAACCAUCCGCCUUUACCCUGCUCCCUGGGCUGAGCUGGCCGUGGACAAUGUCAUCCUGACAGUGCCUGCUGAUAGUGUGCGCCAGAUACAAAACCCGGAAACUCUGCUCUCCAUUUGGGACCUGAGCAUGAAAGCUGUGGCUGAGCUGGCAGCCAUACCAGCCACGUUCCCAAGGCCGGAGAGGAUUGUGGCAGAUGUCCAAAUAUCUGCUGGUUGGAUGCAUGCUGGCUACCCAGUCAUGGUGCAUUUGGAGUCAGUGACAGGCAUGACAGAUGUGCAGUCCAUCAAAACCAAAGGCUUUUGGGGACCCAUACAUGAGCUAGGUCACAACCAGCAGCAGGAGGGAUGGGAGUUUCCCCCUCACACAACUGAAGCCACCUGCAAUCUCUGGCCUGUUUAUGUGCAUGAGACUGUGCUGGGGAUCCCAAGGGAUAAGGCCCAUGAGGCACUUAAACCAGAGAAGAGAGAAGAGAGGAUUCAAAAUUAUAUUAACAACGGAGCACAGCUGAAGGGCUGGAAUUCAUUCACUGCUCUGGAGACCUACCUGCAGCUGCAAGAGGCCUUUGGAUGGGAGGCCUUCAUCGAAAUCUUUUUUAAAUAUCAAGAAAUGCCUUAUAUCCCAAGAGACAAGGCCUUGAAGAUGAAUCUAUGGGUAGAAAUGUUCUCUCAGCAGGUGAAGAAGAAUUUGGCUCCUUUCUUUAAGGCAUGGGGCUGGCCUAUCGAGGAAAAUCUUUCCCAGCAACUGGCCGAUUCAUUCCCAAUAUGGUCAGAGAAUCCAAUGGAACGAUACGUCUCUCAGUGAGUGAUUGGUUAGGACGGACA